AUGGAUAGCAACCAAGUGAUACAAGAAUCAGGAUGGGAUACAUCACCCCAAUUUGGUCCCUCUAAGGCUAAGAUCUUGGAUUUCAACCCAAUCUGGCUUAACUCAUUAUUAGUCCAAAUGGAAGAAGAUCUCUCCAAGUUAUAUGCCAUGAACAAAUCAAUUGACCCAAGUUAUAAACAUUUACCUCCUACUGGUCUUGUUUUAGCAGUAGCAUCCAAUAAUAAUUUUCAAUGGAUCAUCAGUCAUCCCAGAAAGCUAUCAUUCCAGUCUUGGUUUCAAACCUCUCUGGCCUCAAAAGAAAAUAUUGCUGCUUUUGCUGUCUGGUUCUUAUGGCUUUUUAGUUUCUGUUUGUGA